AUGACACUGUUACUCCGACUGUCUCUUCUUCUCGCGGCGACUGCGAGCGCCGUCGACGCACAUUCUCUAUUCACUACUCUUCACAUUAACGACCAAGAUCAGGGCGAUGGAACCUGUAUUCGCAUGCCUAAAGACCCAUCAACUGCCACUAAUCCCGUCGAAGACUUGCAGGACCCUGCUAUGGUAUGCGGAUUUGAUGGGACGAAUGGUGUUCAGCGUGUCUGCAAAACUCCUCAAGGAAGCACCCUCGGUUUUGAGUAUCACACUUUUCCAGACCGGAGCCAGGAAGGAUCCAUCGAACCUUCUCACAAAGGACCCUGCGCUGUAUACAUGAAGGCCGUUCCCUCAGCUUCUGAGGCUAGUGGUGAAGGCGAAGGCUGGUUUAAGGUCUGGGAGCAGGGCUAUGACUCAAGCUCCAAAAAGUGGUGCUCAGACAAAAUUAUUGACAACAAUGGUAUCAUGAACGUGCAGCUACCCUCUGAUCUUGCUGGCGGCGAAUACCUCGUCAGAAGCGAGCUUUUAGCCCUCCACGAAGCUGACAAGUCACCACCUAAUCCUCAAUUCUAUGUCGGCUGUGCUCAGAUUUACCUGGACUCUCAGGCCAACGCAGCUCCUCCGCCAGAUACGACUGUUUCUAUUCCUGGUCACGUGAAGAUUUCCGACCCAUCUGUUCUCUUCAACAUUUACACACCUUCAUGGCCAUACACCAUGCCUGGGCCACGCGUCUAUUCCAACGGAAUUCCUAGCGAAAAUCGACAAACCUCGAGAUCUGAAAAUAGAGACCUGCCACCAAGAACCAUUGCUAUCAAUGCAAACUGGUAUGGUACAGAACAAGAGCCAUACAACACCGAAUCUGGAUGCUGGACCGCUACCUCUAAUUGUUUCCAACAAGCGCAUUCUUGCUACAGCACAUCUCCUCCUACUGGCUCUAAAGGGUGUAGGUUAUACGAGAAUAAGUGCACUAAAAUGCAACAAGGCUGCGGUUCCGGCAACUUUAACGGACCUCCGGAUCAGGGCCAAAUCUUAACCCCAGGCAUCAAAGAUUCCCAUGGUUCACAAAAUACAGCGGCAUACUCUGACUUGGGAGCCCAAAGCAGAGGGCAGAGCAAUACGCGAAUUCAAAGAACGCGGAGACGCACUCCAACUUACUAUCGAGGGCUAUGGUAA